AGAGGUUCUCUCCUGGUUCUGGGAAUCGAGCGGGUUUUUGUCCGUUGGUUCGUUUUUGAAUUUCAAACAGCGUACCAACCCACUAAACCACUAAACAAACCCAUCUCUUACCUUCUCUCUCUCAAUCCUCUUGUUGGUUGCUUUGUUUGAGAGAUACCCACUUCAUUUUUCUCACUCUUUGCUAGGAAACUUUUGUCAAGUUGUGAUCUUUCACUUCUUUGAGGUCCUUUCAGACUUCAACUCUGUGCCCAAUUGACAUUACCUCUUGAAGGAUUGUAUUGUUAUUUGUUUUCUUAGAUCAAGCAGAAACUUGUUACUAAUGAGUGGUUCAGGAAAAUGGGUGACGUCUCUUCUAGGUCUCAAGAAAUCUGAAAAGGAAGACAGUGAUAGGAUUAGGGGUAAGAGCAAAAAAUGGAAGCUAUGGAGGAGUUCAUCAGGGGACCUGGGAUCUUCUUGGAAGGGUUUCAAAGGGAAUCACAGAGCAGCCUCAGAGUGCUCUGAUUCUUCCCCAAGGGCUGAUGCUUUUUCGGCUGCAGUAGCCACGGUAGUCCGAGCUCCACCUAAGGAUUUCAGGGCUGUGAGGCAGGAAUGGGCUGCCAUCAGGAUUCAAACUGCUUUUCGUGGCUUCUUGGCCAGAAGAGCUUUGAGGGCCUUGAAAGGUAUUGUGAGGCUUCAGGCUCUAGUACGAGGUCGACAGGUGAGGAAACAAGCUGCAGUGACAUUGAGAUGUAUGCAGGCUCUUGUCCGAGUUCAGGCAAGAGUAAGAGCUCGUCGCGUUCGAAUGUCCAUUGAGGGGCAGGCAGUGCAAGAAAUGCUCAAUGCGCGUCGCUCUGAGGCUGAACUCUUGAAACAAGCAGAGGAAGGGUGGUGUGAUAGCAAGGGAACAGUGGAGGACGUUAAAGCAAAGAUACAAAUGAGGCAAGAAGGAGUACUCAGGAGAGAAAGAGCAAUGGCAUACUCUCUUGCUCAGAAGCAAUGGAGAUUGAACCCCAGUUCAAAUGCCCGAAUGAACGGCUCAGUAUCCUCCUUCAAGGCUCAAGACUUGGACAAGAACACAUGGGGUUGGAGUUGGUUAGAACGCUGGAUGGCGGCCAAGCCAUGGGAGACUAGGUUGAUGGGACAAUCUCCCACAGACCCCUCAGCGACCACUCCACCUCCAAAGGCUUGUGUGGACCGUGUAGGAGCUCAAUCAAAAUCAUCUGAACCUUAUUCUGUGAAAGUAAGAAAGAACAAUGUUACCACUAGGAUUUCAGCUAAGCUGCCAAUCGGGCAAGCCACUCGGUCUUCUUCAAGCCCGAGUUCUGAAUUUCGAUAUGAUGUGAGCUCAGCUUCAUCGUCAUUUUGUACUUCUACAACACCCAUCUCAGGAAACACUGUGUUUGCAUCAGAUAGAACAGAGGAGAGUGGCAAUAGUAGUAGUAGGCCUAGCUACAUGAACCUGACUGAAUCAACCAAGGCAAAACAGAGAGCAGGCAGUUACUUAUCUAACAGGAUUCAGAGGCAAUCAAUGGAUGAGUUUCAGUUUCUCAAGAGGUCUGGAGCAUUCUCUAAUGGAGAUUCAAAAAGCAGUGCUGGUUCUGAUCCUUCUUCAGUCAAUUUCUCAAAGCCACUCUACUUGCCAACUCGAUUGGACAAGAGGUCAAUGAAACAACUGAGAGAAAAGGAACUUCACUAUUAAGUAUAGAUAAACUUAAAAAUGUUCCCUUAGAAGUUCAACAGCUUGUUGUCCUCCAUUAUUUAUCAGUAUUUUAUUUACUUGAAUGCUUGUGUAAUUCUGAAGCUGUACCAAAACAGCGCAUUGAGAUUUGAGAGUUCUUGAGAGUUUAUUCAUUUUGUAAAAAUAGUUCAUUGGAAGCUUGUUUGCAAA